AUGAUGCUUCAGAUUUUAUUAAAAUACCAAAGAAGUUUGCACUUCUUUUCGUUGACUUUAUAUCAUAUUUCUGAUGUUAACCUUUUUGUCCUUUCGUUGUUCAACCGGUACGUUGCAGAAAUAAGAAAAUUCUCGGACAAUCGCGUAUUUUUAAAAAAUGUCUCAAAUCUCACACAAGCUACUAAAUGGGACGAAGACAUAAUAAAUGUCAGCAAGCAAAUUGAUGCACAUGAAGAAGAUAAAAAUAUAUUCUACCACUUUUUGCUUGAAAUUAAACUAUUAAAACAUGCACCAAGCAUACUUCAUUGGCGUUGUAAAAGAAUUAGGAGUAUCGCCCAGUCCUGGGCAAUAGUUUGGUUGAUAUUUAAACCAGGCAAGCGUACGUUUCUUAGUCGGGAACACAAAAUGACUGUAGCACUAUAUUUACAUGCUGAUUGUUCAAACAUUGAGCUUGUUUAUCAUUUAAGCAAUAGAACACUUAAGCUUAAUAGUCACGAUCUUGGAUCACGACUGCACGGUUGUUGGGGACUAGUUUUCCUGCACUACCACCGAAACGCGACUAUGCGUACUUUGCCUGCUUUGUUUGGCGUCUUUCCUUCACCAUCGAAAACUAGGGAAUCCGAAACCCACGAACCCAUCACAUCACAGCACUUUAUCAACUGCGGAACCACACUCUUCACAUCCGAUAUUAACCUAUCGUACACAUUUUAG